UGUAACUGGGUGGGAACAUCCGGAGUGUGUUGGAGUGCUUUGUCUUGUGUUUGUAUAGCCUAUGAUUUGCAUCUUAAUCUACCCCAACAAGAUAUAAUGAGAGAACACUUAAUGGGCUUUCGAGUGUCAUUCUGAUCAACUCCUUUGUCUUUCUUCGUGUACCUUCAUUCCAAUAAUCAAAGUUUAGGGUCCAGAAUGGGCAGAAAGACCCAACAAGCCAGGUUUUCAAAGAGUUUGGCAAGCGACGAGUGAUUAAAAGUGACGUCAGCUGUCAUUUCUACCGGAACUGGCAGAGUUCAGCAUACCGCUACUUCCGGUUAAUACAGUUUUAUCACAAGAAGGGCUCGAAGGUUGGAUUACAAUAGAGAGAGAAUAAUCAGGUUGAGCGAAAUAAAUUACUCAAACAAACCAACACAAAAGGACGCAACAGAAAGGGUGAAGUUUUCGAAUCAUUUUAAUGACUAGUUAACCGAGACUUAUUAAAUUGCCAGUUACGCAAGACAAAGUCCUCUCAAGAGCGGCUGAAAAACAUUCGUUCAAGUAAACAUUCCGACAGAUCGCUGAUCAGGAUAUUUCAAGGAUACAUCAGUUGAUGUGGACACAAGCUUUAAAAUCCCUCUUUGAGUCAUUACUGGAAGCUGCGCCCCAGUUUUAUUACAGUGCUGUACCCCGGUGCCAUCACAUCAAUGGACUGCGAUUGGGAAGUCAGGUUUUGUCAUCAUCAUUGGUUUUAAACCAAGGAAAUUCGCGGGAAAGUGUGGUUUAGAGAAGAACAAGUGAUUGGCACAGAACAUAAAGGAAACGAGUUUCGCAAGGCCGCUCAUCGGAAGUUCCACGCAAGCUAAGAGGGACCAAUCCCAUUAUAAUAAACCUCUCUCUACGCGAUAUUCAUUUAUUCCUUUCAGUAAUUUCCGUGAAAACCGUCACUUAAGCAGAGAUACAUUUCUCGAAGAAACAUCACUAACAACUUGACUACGAACACAAUUGCACCUCAAAUCUCUCGGUUGGGGUGAGUGAACAUGAAAAGUGAAAGAAUCAAAGGGCUUUCGUCAACGCCGAGUUACAAUUAUUAUACGUCGUUCUCAGUAAAGACAUUACCACGAGAAAAAGACUGUACGGAUUUUUCGACUACUACGACUGAUGAAAGUGAUGUUGAGGAAUACUAUCCAUUUGUUAUUGGACGAGGGAAAUCGUUCCAAAUAGUUGAUCCUAAAGUUUAUAAGCAACUUCGUAAAAAUAAUAUUCGUCAAUCUAAAAAUAUUCGUAUCGCGGACUGUGCGAAGAAAACAUCAACAAAGUCAAAGAGUACGGAGAUCAAAUCUAGUGUGACCAGUGAGAGCGAAGACGAGUAUUGCGAACUUUCGGCGCUUUCAAAAUCGCCGGCACCUUUGCUACCGCCGAGAAAACUCACACAAGUUCAUAAAGAUUAUCCUAAAGACUCUGUGAAAACUGUUACUGGUUUUGAAAAACGACGUCAAAAUGAAUAUUAUGACCCAAAACAGUGUAUGGUGCAGUUUAAUUCUAAUUCUUCGACCGUGACAACAAACGUUGUCAGCUCAGCUGAUGUACUGAAAAAAAGCUCAUGGAAGGACCAUAGUGAAAAAACUAUCGAACAAGAGGACUGUUAUGAACCCUCAAGGAAAUGCUUUUGUGGACUUGACACAGAUGAGGCUGUGGACUAUGCUACGUGUAUGUGUUGUGUCAAAGGAUUGUUUUAUCAUUGUACGAAGGAUUCCGAGGAUGAGGGCCGAAUCGCUGAUGACCCUUGCUCUUGUAGCGGACCUCUGAAAACAUGUAUUCCACGAUGGGGUUGCUUGGCUGUGUUUUCUGUGUUUUUACCCUGUUUAUGGUGCUUCUUACCCAUAACGGGAUGUCGGAAAGCAGCCAAAUGUGUUUCUUGUAAGAAAAAGAAACAAAAAAGCAAAUCCCCAAAAAAUGGAACGAAAAACCUUGACUUCAUAAGUCAGAAACAGCGACAAUAAUAAUGGUAAUUUUUAUAAAAUCGUUAAAUUGUAAUUGGUAAUUUUAUUAGAAAUGAACAACAUUCAGCGUAAUUGUAGAAAAAGUAAUGUCAAGAAAGACAAUUCUUAUUAGAUUUUUUUUCUAGUUUUUUUAAGGUAUCGAUCUAGAUUGAAUUUUACUUGUUGUUGACAGCUAUCAUUGUCAAAAUGACUUUUCUAUUUAUCAAAAGAACUGUCAGUAAUUGAAAAAGUAUUUACACAACACGCUGAUAGAUAUAAUUUAUGUAAAGAAGGCUUAAAGAAGGUUUCAGUUGAUUUUUAAGCGUCUUUUAGAGUUUCCGAGAUUUAAUUCAUUUGAUCAAAAUUUUUUGAUAAAAGCUGAAAUGAGGGAAAAGGGACUCGUGUUUAUAAUUUUGAAAAAAAAUCGCUACCAUUUUCAAGUUCUUAUUCUAAUCCUGAAAAUAUAUGUAAAUAGGCAUUUUUAUAUCAAAACGUUAAGUUAUAUCAGGAUAUAAUUUAUACUAUCGAGUAAUCAUAUAUUUAUAAGAAUACAAGAAAAUAACAGUGCUAUCGUCGCACUUUGGAAUCAUUUAUUUUAUUAGUUGAACAAGUCAAUAACCCAGAAAAUCCCUAUGGUGUAUUAUUGUUGGCUUCAAAAGUAUAGAUUAUUUGAUAUCAAGAUAUAGAAUUAAAUUCAAUAUAAUAUUAAACAUUUCAGUUAUUAAUA